AUGAUCUUACUCAUGCUCACGUUCACCGAAGCAAAAGAAAAGACAAUUGAUACUUCACCAUUGAAAUUAGCGGUCAAACCGAAAUGUGGUACCUUAGAGUCUCCUCGUUUUAAUAAUUUCAAUACUGGUAUCAAUCUAGAUGACAUCAAAACAAUUUACGGGUUUGGCGAUAGCUUUAUGGCUAAUGGACAACAACAAGGUGGGGUUGCUCCUCCACUCGUACCAAAUAAGCAAAACCCCAAGAAUCCCAAGAUUGGUGGUCGUGCUUCGAAUGGGAUGGUAUAUAUCGAACAAUUCGGUAAAGAGAUUAACGCUGUUGUAAGGGACUAUGCUCGAGGUGGUGCCUCUGUUUCUCAUUUACUAUCACCUACCAACAUAACACAAUCAGACAUGAUUGAACACGUUCAGGUGUUUCUGGAUCAACAUAAUAACAUCACCGCAGCCUCAACGCUUGUCAUGAUAUCCUAUGGAAUUAAUGAUUGGGCUUCUGCCUCUCGUCGUGGUGAACACAACCUUACAGGUUCUGCCAGAAAACUGAUCCAUGAAACUAAAAGGUUACUUAAAUCUGGCUUUAGAAAUGUAGUAGUUCUUUCACCUCCUAUGAUUUCUGAACCAUUGGAAGGGUUUAAUAAUUUGAUUUGGAAUGAUUUAAAAAUCCUUAGAGAAAAGUUUCCAUCUACUCAAAUUGGAUAUGUUGAUUUUUCUGAACUUUAUACUGCUAUCUUUUCGGAUCCUCAAUCUUUUGGAUAUCAACAUACUACUUCUUGUCUAAAGAAUCAAACCACAAUUGAAGGUGCAUGUUCAAACCCAGAUGUCUAUCUCCAUUAUCUUCCGGGUCAUCCUCAAAAACUCACACAUGGACUUAUGGCCGAAUGGGCUUAUGAUGUUUUAACGACCUGUACCUCUGAUUCAACAAAACCUCACAUUCAUACUACCAAAGCACCAACUCUUCAAGUAUCAAGGUGA